ACAAAAGCAAGGGGAGAAGGAGAGAGACGAGAAGCCGCGCGGAAGCAGCAGCAGCAGCUUGUAUGGCCGCCGGUCGCCGAUCUGUGACGCAGCUCGAUCAACUCCUCCACUCCCGCUCCUCCUUCGCCUUCGCCGACCGCUGUGGCUGAUCUUGUCGAUCCGGCUUUUCAUAAAAGUCAUGGCUGAAGCAAUCGAUUUGACCGGUGAUGGAGGGGUCCUGAAGACAAUUGUGAGACGAGCAAAACCUGAUGCAGUCUCUCCUUCAGAGACCAUUCCUCUUGUUGAUGUUCGUUAUGAAGGAGUUCUUGCUGAAACUGGUGAAGUCUUUGACUCAACACAUGAAGACAAUACUCUAUUCUCCUUUGAGAUCGGAAAAGGCUCAGUGAUCAGUGCUUGGGACAUUGCAUUGAGAACUAUGAAGGUUGGGGAGGUUGCAAAAAUCACAUGUAAGCCAGAAUAUGCCUAUGGCAGCGCGGGUUCUCCACCUGAUAUCCCACCAGAUGCAACCCUUAUUUUUGAGGUGGAGUUAGUUGCAUGCAAGCCGUGCAAGGGCUUUACAGUGACCAGUGUCACCGAAGACAAGGCUAGGCUUGAGGAGCUGAAGAAGCAAAGGGAGAUGGCUGCCGCAACCAAGGAGGAAGAGAAGAAGAGGAGGGAAGAAGCUAAAGCUGCGGCCGCUGCUCGUGUUCAGGCCAAACUGGAUGCGAAGAAAGGUCAUGGGAAGGGAAAGGGAAAAGCAAAAUGAACAGCCUUAUAAGGAAUUCUCAAGUAGAUAAUAACUCAGUUUUGCUUCAUGCUUCCCUUAAACUUGGCUAGGAUAUUAACCCUGAGUUUUGUGGAAUACAAGUUAAGCUCAUACUUUCCACUUGACGUUGUGCUUGAUUUUUAUUGUAUAAGCAUUCUAUAUAAUGUUUGUCGGCUUCGUUUUGAGGGAGCAAAACUGACCGUAAAGGAAAAAGUAUGUACUACAUGAAGUAUGGUAUUUUGAUUA